AUCGACCAUGGCUCAGUUUCAACAAUAAUGGAGGGCGACUUUAACGAUGUUAAUGACAUGUCAUUCAUAAUAGAGGGAGAUGACGACAUCGUCAGGAACCUAGACGAUGAUCACAAUCAACCAAUACCUGUCAACAACCAGCCGUCUGUUCAGCCACAGCCGGACCAAUUAUCACAGUCCCAGGAUCAGGACUUUCAGAGUCAGGUUGGAGUGGUAUUACGGCCAAGAAAUGAAGCAAGCCAUAUGAAUAUUCCGCAGCCACGUUCCCAGGAUAUUGAUGCAGAGGAUUCAUCGAACUGCUCGAUUUGUUUAGAACCAUGGACUAACAGUGGUAAUCAUCGUCUGGUCUGUACCAAGUGUGGUCAUCUCUUUGGCGAGAGUUGUAUCCUCAAAUGGAUAGCACAGGAGAAUCGAAAAAAUAAUAUAGCGAAAUGCCCUGAAUGCAACUAUCCUGCGAAGCGCAAAGAUUUACGACGCAUCUGGAGCAAAUCCAUCACUACACUAGAUACAGCGGAGAGAGAUGAGACUAAUGCUCGUGCAAAGAGAGAACACGAUAUGAGGAUACAAUGUGAGCAGGAACUUGCACAAUCCAGGAUGGCAUACGAAAUGCUUAAGAUUGAAAUGAAUAAACUUCAAAAGAAGCACGAUCGCCAGAGAUCGCUAAAAAUGAGGUAUCGAGCAGAAUUGAACCAACUCAAACCCACACAGGUUGAAAAGGAUAUCGCGAAGCGAUCUGCCUAUGCAUUUCGUAACGUUCUUGUUUUACGUACCAUGCCUUCAGGAAUUCCAUUUUACAUGUCAUAUCGGCCGGAUGAGGAGAUGCUCGCUUGCUCGAGAUUUAUGAAUGGCGUGCAUGGUCUUGCUAAAAUAUCAAUGCGAGACUUCUCCAGCAGCCUCCAUGACAUUAUCCCCAUACAUUCACAGCCUAUCCGCGACGUGCAGUGCUACACAAGCGAUCCUACUCAAAAUAAAUCGUUGAUCCUCACAACCAGUCAGGAUAAGACGCUCAAAGUGACCUCGGCACUAUCCAAACAAACCGUUCUAUCGUAUGAUCUGAAGGCACCGGGUUGGUCCUGCUGUUGGUCCACAUUAGAUUCGAACAUUAUGUAUUGCUCAGUCCAGGCCAAGGAGAAGGUCCUGUCGUUCGAUAUACGAAAUACAAAAGGGCCUGUGGCGUCGUUUGCUCCAACGAAUCAUCAUUCUCCCAUUCACUCUAUGAUCCAUAUUGGCCCAACAGAAACUCGGAAGCGAGAAGGCAUUCUUUGUGGAAAUUAUGCUGGUCCCUUUGUGUAUACCUUUGAGUCUAGCACAAAGACUGAUACGUUUAGUCAAGGGUCUGUGGUCGGCGUAAGCGCUAAUGAGGGAUCAAUUGCGGGAGAAGAAACUGCUAGCAAUGAGGGCCGACAGGAACAGGAUAGAUCAAAAUGGCCUACUUGUUCGUCAGUUUCAUACAAUCCCAUUACUCGCCACUGGAUGGCGUCGUACAAGUUCAUUGAAAAGCCCUUCUUCACGCAGCAUGUUAGGGGUGUCCUGGACUAUGAUGAGUCAAGUGGGGAAUUGGGACUCAAAAAAGAAUUCAAGGUCGCUGGUGGCGCUCCAGUCCCAUGCAUGUCGAGAACAACCGUGUUCUCGAGAAAGGAUGGGUCCAUCCACAUGGCGGCGGGAUCCAUUGGCAAGUCUUAUAUAUGGUGUAGCGACUCAAAGUUAGAGACAUCGAAUGUUUUUGACGUAAGCUUGUCCCAGUUGUCCUCAGGUGAUGAUUCCGUUAAGCGUAUUAUACUUGAGCCUGAAAAACGCCAUGCGUUUGGCCAUCAAGCUCAAGAUCCUAUUAAAGAUAUCAAGUCUGUCUUCGUUGGGGAUAAGGAAUAUGUAACGACACUCUCGGAUCGUCAAAUUGUUUUCUAUGAAUGGUCAGAGACGCAGAAAGUCAAUGAAUUAGACUUGGAGGAAUUUGAUGACAGUGAUGAGGACCAAGAUAUAGAAGAAAUUGAAAGUGAAAGAGAAAAGGGCAAGAGGCGACGAAUAGAGGUUAGGAGUAUGAGUGACCAAUCUAAUAUUGGAUAUAUUGGGUCGCAGAGCUCUGGAGAUCUAGAUUAUGCUACUGAAGAUUAAAAUUUACACAGCAGUUGUUGUGUAUGUGGAGAGGGCAAAUCGACUGGUUUGUAUAUCGGAUCCUCCUUUGAGGGUGGAUAGAUAGAGUAUGACAAAGAGGCAUGAACAAUGCCAAUGCAAGAUAAG